GAUCGUGCUGGUGGAGAGCAUCCCGGAAGGAAUGACCAUGGCUGGAGCCCCCAACCCGUCCACCUUUGAGACGUGGCUGCAGCUGCUGACCGCGGCCUCGCGCAGCGUGGACAUCGCCUCCUUCUACUGGACCCUGACCAACGAGGACACGCGGACGCACGAACCCACGGCGGCGCCGGGCGAGCGGAUCCUGGCGGAGCUGCUGCGGCUGCCGCGGCGCGGCGUGGCCGUGCGCGUGGCGGUCAGCGCGCCCUCGGCCAAGGCGCCGCUGGACGAUCUGCAGGCUCUGGAGCGUAGCGGUGCGGCCGUGCGCGCCGUGGAUUUCCCGCGUCUCACCGGCGGCAUCCUGCACACCAAAUUCUGGCUGGUGGACGGCGUUCACCUCUACAUUGGCAGUGCCAACAUGGACUGGAGGUCCUUGACGCAGGUGAAGGAGCUCGGCGCCGCCAUCUACAACUGCAGCUGCCUGGCCCAAGACUUGGCCAAAAUCUUCGAGGCCUACUGGGCUCUGGGCGUUCCCGACGCCUCCAUCCCGGCGCCGUGGCCGGACAAUUACUCCACCGCCAUCAACCUGGAGACGCCCAUGGAGAUGACGCUCAACGACACCGCGGCCGCCGUUUACUUCUCGAGCUCCCCGCCCGCCCUGUGCCCCGCCGGCCGCACCCAAGACUUGGAGGCGCUGCUGGCGGCCAUCGACGGCGCCGAGGCGUUCGUGGACGUGGCGGUGAUGAGUUACCUGGCCAGCACCGAGUUCUCGCGGCCCGAGCGCUUCUGGCCGGCCAUCGACGACCGCCUGCGCCGCGCCGUGGUGGAGAGGGGGGUGAGGGUGCGGGUGUUGGCCGGGUGUUGGCGGCACAGCCGCGCCGCCAUGUUCGCCUUCCUGCGCUCGCUGGACGCCGUGGGAGACAACCGGACGAGAUACGACGUGGAG